CACACACACACACACACACACACACACGUAGAGUUAACUCCAUGGCGUCAUUGAGCGAUCAAGUGUCGAGCCUGUUCAACCAACUUCAAAAGACAUCUCAAUCGGGACAAGAUGAACGCAGCUUGGAACUAUGCGACCAGAUUAUCAAACUGGAUGCCAACAACAAGCUCGCCCUGCAAUGCAAAGUGGUGACAUUAAUCCGUCUCGGGCAGUACACGAACGCGCUGUCGCUUAUUGCGCGUAAAUUCAAAGACGACGACAAUUUGGCCAUUGAAAAGAUUUAUUGUUAUUAUCGCACCAACCAGUUACAGCCUGCCAUGGAAUUGUUAAAAGAACUCAAGCAAAAGCAGCAGCAGCAACCUGAUCAGAGUCUUUUGUUUUUGGAGGCACAACUGCUGUACGCUCAAGAUAAUUACAAGGAAGCGAUCCAAGCGUAUCAACAGUUGCUCGACAAGACCAACAAGACCGAUCACAUUUAUGAUGAAAUUCAAGUCAAUCUGUUGGCAGCCAAGAUGGGCUUGGCUUAUUGUGAAAAGUCAACGGAAAACACGGUCAUCGAAUCAUCGCAAUACGAAGUUGCAUACAAUGCUGCGUCGUUGCAUUUGGCACGUGGACAAUUGGAUGAAGCUCGCAAACAGCUUGAAGCAGCACGAAAGGUGUGUCAUGAUCGAUUGACGGAAGCAGACAUGCCUCAAGAAGAAAUUGACGAGGAAUUGGCUGUGAUUGCUACCCAAUUGGCUUACACGUAUCAGCGACAAGGACGCGUCAAGGACGCCAUGGAGAUCUAUCAAUCCGUGAUUGAUUCUGGCGUCAGCGAUGCUAGCGUCAAGGCCAUUGUAAACAACAACGUGGUAGCGAUCCAUCAAAAGAAGGAUCUUCAAGAUGCUGCCAAAAAGCUCAAAACUGCUACCGGAAAGGAAGUGGAUGCUCGUUUGAAACGAUACCAGAAGCGGGUGAUAUCCAUGAACGAAUCCCUGCUCCAAUUAUACACGAACAAGUACGACGCGUGCAGAGAUUCCGCCCAACGCUUGAUCCAAAAGUACCCCGAGAACGAGACACUGUACCUUGUAUUGGCAGCAGCGACAUACCAACAACACAAAGCCGAAGCAGCCGUGGACGAGUUGAAAAAAUAUGCAGAAAAGAACCCGAAAUCGCUGGCGUUGCGAUUCGCGACGAUCCAAGUGCAACUGUUGCAAUCGCGCCCCGCUGCUGCACUAGCGACACUCCAAUCGUACUUGUCUGUGAUUGACGACGAAAAGAACAAGAAAGAGUAUUAUCAGCCCGCAGUGAUUGCAUUGCUUGUCUGGUUGUAUGAACAGACGGGCCAAUCGGAUAAAGCGAUGGAGACUUUGGAUCAGGCAUCGGCUUAUUGGAAGAAGGACAAGGCGUUUGUUUCCCAGGCACCCUCGACAUCGAUCAUGAAGCAGACUGCUGCAUUCAAGCUCCAAACAGGUCGAUACAGUGAGGCUGUCUCUGAUUUUGAAGCAUUGGUCAAGGCGGACCCGACGGAUGCACAAGCGAUUGCUGGCUUGAUUUCUGCUUAUAUUGAGGUGGAUCCAACAAAGGCAGAACAAUACGGCAAUGCGCUGCCUGCUAUUGCAUUGGAUCACUUGGAUAUCCCUGCAUUAGAACGUUCGGUGCCUGGCGUGAAACGUGGCUAUGUGAAAAAAUACACGAGUGAUAGUCCACGUAAAACGGUGAAGCCAAAGACAAAAAAGAAGAGAAAGCCAUUGCUGCCAAAGAACUGCAAUGAAAACAGCACGCCUGAUCCAGAAAGAUGGCUGCCAGCUCGCGAACGAUCUACGUACAGAGCCAAGGGCAAGAAUAAAAAGGCGGCGGGUAAAGGACCUCAAGGGUCUUACGUGGCUGGUGGCGGUAUUGGAACCACAGGCAGUGCUAAUAUUGGUGGCGGUGGUAGUGCAAAGGCAUCAUCUGAGGACAACAAGGACGAUGAUGACACGGCUCAAGCCGAUGCCAAGCCAGAGACUGCCAAGCCGGCUUCACCGGCCAAAAGUUCCGGACAAUCCAAUAAGAAGAAAAAGAAGAAAGGAAAGAACAAGUGGUAAACCCGUAGUAUUAAAAACGAGAGAGAAACACUAUCUUAUUAUAUAAAACGCAAACCAUCUUUCGUUGUCUACAUGUUG